AGCGCGAAACCACACACAUAAAACCCUAAAAACCCUACACGACAUAUUGCAGCGAGCCUCCGUUCAGUAAAAGCUCCCUCGUUUUAGCACAGCAAGAGCAGAAGAAUGCGACCUCCAAGAGGCGGCGGGGGCUUCAGGGGAGGCCGUGACGGUGGUUUUGGUGGUAGAGGAGGUGGUCGAGGCGGCGGUGGCUUCAGGGGAGGUGGUCGCUUUGGUGGUCGCGGCGGUGGAGGGUUCCGUGAUGAGGGUCCUCCAUCUGAAGUAGUUGAGGUUUCAACUUUUCUUCACGCAUGCGAGGGAGAUGCAGUGACAAAGCUUACAAAUGAGAAGAUUCCUUUUUUUAAUGCCCCAAUCUAUCUUCAAAAUAAGACCCAGAUAGGCAAAGUCGAUGAAAUUUUCGGCCCCAUCAAUGAAUCCUACUUCUCGAUCAAGAUGAUGGAAGGAAUUGUGGCCACCUCAUAUGCUUCUGGGGAUAAAUUUUAUAUCGAUCCAGCUAAACUUUUACCUCUCGCGAGAUUCCUCCCACAACCGAAGGGACAGUUUGCCGCUAGAGGUGGUGGCCGUGGUGGGGGCAGAGGUGGUGGCAGAGGAGGCCGUGGGGGUGGUGGCUUUCGUGGAAGGGGUGGCCCAAGAGGUGGCAGAGGCGGCCCUCCAAGAGGUGGUGGCCGUGGUGGGGGCUUUAGGGGUAGAGGAAGAUUCUAGAUUAGCAUUAUGUACUAUCAUAGUUUUUAUCAAUUUCCAUUUGUAAUGUCGUUUUGAUAAGCCUUAGCUAGUCUUUUUUUUUACUGUAUUUUGUUUGGAAUUGAACAUCUCGAAAUUGAAUCCACAGUUUAAUUUAACUCUGCUCCUA